AUGGAGGAGUUUGCCGCGUUCCAGAAUCUGCUUUAUAUAGUCGACGAGACAUUUGAAAACAUCGCUUCAGAGUUCAAAACUCUUGUUCCUGAGCACAAAAGGUUUGGGGCCGCUUGCGCGUUGAUGACCUCGUUGGAAAGUGGCGACUUGCAGGCAAAAGCACGCGUCGUAGCUCUUUACAUUUUGUACAAUUUGUACAAUGUCGUCCCCAUCCAUCAAAAUCCGUUCCUCUUGUUAUUUCUCAAUAUCUACAAAACCCUUUCUUCGAAUUAUUCUUAUUUGAAAACCAAUCACGAACUUCUUGUUGAAUUUCGUGUUGGGAAGUUGAUUUUGACUGAUAAUGGUGCAAAGUUGGGCAAGAAGACGGCAUUGGAUGUUUUUAGUCAAUUCUCUGUAGCAGAAAAUUCAAUGUUUCUUGGCGGUCAAGAAGUUAAUAUCGCUAAACUCGAAUACUAUAUUGAAACCGAAUUAGAUGUACGACUACCAAGCAAGGAUGACCAGAUAAAACAAGAUAUCUCUGAACCUUUAUCAUGGGUCGCUCUUGAUGACAUUAAAAGUGAAGAAGGAGCGGUUCUAUCAGCUCCUCCAGUUAUGCCUAUAAUGCAUCACGAGCUUCAAUGGCUCAAUCCACAUGGAUUUGUUCCCGAGAUAGAAUGGGACUAUAAUAUACUAGCAGAUUUUUCUGAUAGAGAUGAAGUUCGAUUCUUGAUGACAAAAGCUAUACAUAAAGCUUUGACUAUUCCUGAAGAGCAGUAUAUGCUAAAUCAAUUCGAAAAAGAUUCUAAAUUGGUAUUCCAUUGUAAUCUCUCACCCGAAAUGUUACCCGAUCUAAUUGAAAACAAUCCUAGAAUAGCAAUUGAAGCUCUACUGCAACUAUUGUCGUCUCAUCGAAUUGGACAAUAUUUACAAGUACUCGUUUCCUCUGUCAACGUGUCUCGCGACUCUACUACAACCGACGUUGUAACAAGAUUGAGAUCUUCGAUGGAGGUUGUCAAUCGGCUAGCAACGGCCUGGCAACUGCCCCCAGAGUUUUUGCAUAAAUACAUUUCUAAUUGUAUUCGUGCGUGUGACGAGAACGAAAAUCAAAAUAUUCAAUAUCGGCAAGUUCGUUUGGUUUGUCUUUUCCUUCAAUCACUAAUCAACAACAACAUAAUUGACAUAAACGAGUAUUUCAUAGAGAUACAAGCGUUCUGUGUUCAGUAUUCACGAAUACGGGAAGCCGCUACGCUGUUUCGUUUUUUAGCUGCAUUUGAGAGACCACCUGUUGUCGAGGAUAUGGAUUGGAAUAGUAGCAACAAUAAUAAUAGCAGUAUUGAAAUGACUUCGAAAGCGCCGUUUUACGGGUUAAGUUUUAACGAGUACGACCCGAAUGGCGAUGCUAUUUUUGCUAUUGUUGGUGGGUUGAAGGUUAUAAUUAUUAAACUGAGCCAAAAUGUAUCGUCUACAAGUUCUCCUGGAGAUGGUGUUAACAUAUUGCAAGUAUACGAGGAUGAAAAUAAUUCCGUGUUUUUGUUGAAACCUGGCUAUGUUGUCAUUAUGGCCAUUAUAUCCGGUCACACUGCGGUGGCCGGUGCUACCGGUCUAAUAAAAGUGAUCGAUACUAUCAAGAAAUCUCUGGUGAAAGUUCUUGCAGGACAUGGAGAUGAAAUUAAUGAAUUGAAAUUUCACCCAUUAUCACCCUAUCUUUUACUUUCAGCCAGUAAAGAUUUUUCGAUACGAUUAUGGAAUAUAAGAACUGAACGUGUGAUUGCCGUGUUUGGAGGUGAAUGUGGACAUCGUGAGCCUGUAUUAAGUAUUGAUUUUCACCUAUCAGGCGACUACUUUGCCUCCGCCGCAAUGGACCAUUCCGCAAAAAUAUGGUCACUAUGCACUCCACUUCUAAAAAAUGCGAUCCAAGCAUCAUUCACGUCCCAGACGCAACCGUCGGCCUCAACAAUGACAUCACUGCCGGUACGAUGUCAAAAGCGGCUUCAUCACAUCCAAACAUGCUUUUGCGCGGGUCCUAAUAAACCUGCUCGGUUGCCCAUCUUUGUCCAUUUUCCAUUAUUUUCGACUAUUGAUUUGCACAACAAUUACGUCGACUGUAUACGAUGGUAUGGCGAUAUGUUGAUGUCGAGGUGUGCAACCGAGACGCGAAUUAUUAUGUGGAAAGCUUGCGAUGUUAAUUUGUCUCCUGCGAUUGGAUAUCGUAAUGACGAUGGUAGUAGUAGUGUUGUUGAAAAUGUUGAUGAUGAUGACAUUCGAGCAGCGUGGUUAGGAAAAACUCCUGUUGCCGGAGGUCCAGCAAUUGAAAGCAAAAGACCCACCAAAUUCGACAUCAUCUGUGAAUUUCCAUUCCAAAAUUGCGAUAUUUGGUUUAUCAGAUGCGGAAUAUCCUCGGAUCAUAAAUUUCUGGCGAUGGGUAAUCAAAUAGGUAGAAUUUACAUGUACGAUUUGCAGAAAGCCAUCCCAUUCUAUAUCGAACAGUACAUAAAAGACAAGAAAAAGAUUGCGUACGGCGGAAACGUAAGAUCCCAAAACACCACGAAAUCAAAUAUCGUCACAAGAAGUAACAGUAAGAAUGCAACAACCGCGGGUGGGAGCGGCGGUGGUGUUUUGAAAAAGACACCCACAUCCUCAACUCCUAAUACCAGAUUAUCCAAAUCAAAGAGAGACCGAAGACAAGUCAAUGACGAUGAGGAGGAAGAAGGAGAGGGCGAAAAGCAAGAAGAAACAAUCGUUAAUUUGCCUGUUGAUCCAAUUGGUCAUAAUAAUAAUCAUGAUGGUAUCCCGAAAUCAGCCACCCAAAAAACCAACAACAAGUUUGAGAUUCUUUCACCAUCUUCAAAAGUAAAAAGCCAAACGAAUAAAAAUGACAAAGGAACAUCAUCCAAUACGGCUUCCUCGAAUAAACGAACAGAUCACGGUAAUCAACAUAACCUCGGGCCCAGUAAACGAUUAAAAAAACUAGAACUAAUCAACCAAAAUGAUCACAUGAUAAUGCGUAUGCUGGAGGUGAACCAAAGCAAUAAUGCUAUUCGACAGGUGGCAUUUUCCGCGGAUAAUGUGUGGUUGGUUGCAAUAUCUGACGAUGCAAAGAUUUGGUGCUGGGCUCGAAAUAACACCGAGCCUUUGGUUAAUGGAUCUUCUGUUGGUGGUGGCGGUGAACCUGAGGCAGAAGAAAAGGCAACUAUGAAGAUAGAUUAA